AUGAGUCAGAACAAGAGCGGACCCGCUCCCCAGCUCGCUCGGCCUGUCUAUAAUCUGUGCGAUAGCGACAAUGAUAAUGAUAGUAGUGACAACAAUGAUGAUGAUUCUGAUUCUGAAGCUUCCUUGGAAAUCAUGGCACCCAUCAAUCCUCCCAAUCCGAAAACAGCUUCGUCCGUGUUGAAUGCUGCUACCAAAGCCUCCAUCCAUUCCAAGCCUGCUGUUACCAAAAACUCGACAUCCAAGCUUUUGUCCGUGAACCUUUCCGAUUCGGAUUCUGAUGAUGACGAUCUACUGAAGGCGUACAACUUGAAACGAACACAAAAGCAGCAAAAGCAGCAGCAGCAGCCACCGCUAUCUCAAAGCUCCACUACUUCCUCUCAGGUCACUACUUCCAGGCCUCGCAACACUACAGCCUCAGAGGAGAAACAACGAGAACGACAACGUGUACGAGAAGAAAAGGCUCGACAAAAGGAAGCAGAAAAGGCAGCCAAGGCCAAGCAACGAGCAUUGGACAAGGAACAUCGAGAACGACAGAAGCAGCAAGAAAAAGAUAGCAAGAAGCGUCAACGAGAAGCACUUCAACAAGUUAGUGGAAAAUAUGCCCAUGACGAAAUUGCACUCUUGUUGGACCUUCCCAUUUAUCUCAAUGAAGAAUUGGCUCUGGCCAAUGCUCUGAGUGAGGACUUUUUGUUGCAUCCUCAACCCGUCACCUACAAGAUAACCAACUCGAUUCAAUGGAUCCGCAAGGAAUACCUCAAAGGAGGCGCCAAGGACGCUGUAGAACAAUUGGAACAAAAACAGGUGGAAAAUUUCGAAAAGUCUCCCUACCUGCUCAUGCUAAUGGAGGCCAAGGACUUUCUUCUACUCUUAGAUCGUGUAGGUCACGAAGUAGAUGAUAACUAUCCAGCUUUGGAAAAGUACUUGAUAGAACUACAAGCCAAGUACAAACGGGUUUGGAAGAAUCAGGAGGAGCCACGAAUCAUUUUGCUCUUGCGCCAAGUCCCAGACACUUUGGAUAAAAUGUGGAAGAACCACAAGCGCAACAAGAAACGAACCACUGCAGGUUCUUCAUUACCAACCGAAUGGGAGUUGAACGAUGCCAUCCAAUGGCUGUUGAUCCAAUAUCAAGUCGAAUGUAUUCAUUGUCCGUCGAUAGAAUCGAUUCAUGCCAAUCUUCACAAGCUGACGCGUGGGAUUUGCGAGGCCCCCUACAAGAAUCAAGUAACGGAACUGGAAUGCAUCAAGAAAAUCAAAUCGAGUAAUACAGGGGAACGACCAAUCGAUCUGGCGCAAGAUGCCUGGUUUCGGCAAUUGCAACAAGUGAAAGGACUUUCCGAAGGAAUUGCUUUGAAUGGGGUCAAGGCGUAUCCUACGAUUCAGUCUCUCUGGCAAGCCUACAACCAAAAUGGUGGGGAUGAUGCUACCAAUGCGGCAUUGUUAGAAGAUUGCCUUCAUGAAAGAGUUCGCAGGGCCAAGCUAUCCAAUACCAUUUUUAGAGUCCUCAAGAGCGACGAUCCCCGCGAAAAGUUGACUUGA